AUGACCCUGAUGGCUGCAGAGCGACGAGAAAUCAUCGGAGCUGUCGACAUGGAUGACCUGCGACCUCGGGAUGUGGCGUCUGCGGCCGUCGAUUAAACUCCAGAGACAGAAAUCAACUCAAACUUUAGAUCGAACCGAGUUUAUAUCAGAGGAAAUUAAAGAAAUGAGACAUGAGGCAGUCAGAGAAAAAUUAAUUAUCAGGCAGUUUGAGAGGCAGGCACCAGGAGAUCGUAGCUGAUUGUAACUAUUCAAGUUAACGUGUCAAUUUACACCGACUUCUUUCCGUUCCUCUGCGGAGACGAACAAUUGAAAGGUUUUUAGACGUCAUUUCACCCCGAUGACACCAUGGAUGAGGAGAUGCUGAUUCUAGAAGUCUAGAAGUAGAUUUCCUCCUCUGGAAGGACACAAUCUACUGCUUAUAUAUCUAUGUGUCUGUCUUUAUAGAGACAACUUGUUAUCGAGCGAUUGAACGUGAAUCUGCAGGUUCUUGUGAGUUCUCGCGAUUCCUUGUGUGCGUAAUCCGCCACGAAAUUCUCAUUACAAACGGAUCCGGUAGGAAUUGGCAUAAAGCGAAAAUCGCCGGUCUGGAUCGGAGCCGUUCCGGAUGCGGUGGAAAUCCCAGGUUAGGAAAUAUAAAACACUAAAACGGUCAUGAACGGUCGUUUUAAACUCGUUAAUAUUUCCAGAUUGAAAAUUAGAUAUUAUAACUUCCCAGCAGACUCAAAUCCGAAGUUUCGAGAGCAGGAACGAGGAGGACUCUGCCGUUGGAGAUAAACGUGAAGACAACAUAGAAAAGAAACGUCUUUUCUCUGUUACGUGAAGAUUAAAUCGUGGUGUGAACAGCUCAACAACACAGACAUAUUGAUGCUUCUACGUCGAAUCAAACCCACGAGCUUUUUCUCAUUUGAAUAAUCUCAUUUUCCUCACGUGAACAUCGUCUCAUCAGAGCUGAUGGAUGAUCGUAUGAAUUCACUUCAUUAUCGAGCGCAUUAAGACGACAGAGGAGACGACCCGGCCUCUGAAAACUCUUCUCUCUCUGAACUUUGUUGUUCUUCAUCUCGAACCAUGAGACGGUGUAAGUUGAGAAAAGCCUCUCAUUAGUUUGUUUCAUGAGUUUUUUUCUCACUGGACUUGGAUCUUUGAUGUUCAGUCUUCAUGAAUCUACAGAGACUGAAGUUUGGAGGGUUUGACUCCAAAGUUGGAGGUUUAGAUGAGGGUCAGGGUUACUCCAGGUCGCUCUGAGAAGACGGUUUUAUCUCUGCGAACACAAACACUUUUAUAUAAAGGAACAAACUCUUGAUAUAAAACUGUCUGAGGUGUUUAAAGUGGAUUUUUGACGGUGAUUGUAAAAAGUUUGAUUAUUUAUUUGGAGGAUAAGAAACAAAGAUGAUGGAUCUGAUAUCUCUGACGGUCUGAGUAUCGCUCCACCUGCUCUGAUGACCGCUGCGGUUCAGAUCUGAGACUAAACUCAACGACAGAGGGAGAGUCUGACACAUGCACAGACGUGGGUUUACUGCUCCGCCUGCAUGUUUGUGGUGUUUCUGCAUCAAUCUGUCUGAUCUCUACAUGUUGUUUCACACAGAUCCGCCUCAGCGAACGCCGCCACCGCAGCUGUGACGGUCCGUUCAGCCGAGGGACUCCGCAGAUCCGGAUCCAAGCCCAAAUCUUUCAGUCCGAGCGCUCACCUUCAGGUGGGUUUAUGAGGAAGGGUGACAAAGACGGGGAGGAAGAUAGAGAGGGUGAGAAAAAUGAGAAUAAAAGAGGGGAGGGGGGAGACAAAGGUGAGAAAAAGGAGGGAGAUAAAGACGACGAAGAGGAACAAAAACAAGAAAGAGAAGGAGAGAGAACAAAGAGGAUAAAACGAUGACAGGUGUGACAAAAAAGAAGAGGACAAAAGUGACGAGGGAGAAGCAGACGAAGAGGAUGAAGACGAGGUAGGUGAUGAAGAUAAUAAAGACAACGGAGGAGAAGACGAAGAGUAA